CAAAAAACUCAUAUAAAGACGAUAUACACUCACCUCAUCGCCUCAUAAUCCCACUAUAACGUAUUAGAAUAUUUUUCAGUCGAUCGUAGCUAAAAUGCCUGAAGCAGUUACUAAUCCCCAUGUUUUCUUCGACAUUACCAUCGGAGGGGUGCCUGAGGGCCGUAUUGUGAUGAAGCUGUGUGCAGACACUGUGCCCAAGACAUGCGAGAACUUCCGAGCACUAUGUACAGGUGAGAAGGGUACAGGACAAUCAGGUAAGCCUUUGCACUACAAAGGCUCGCUUUUCCAUCGCGUUAUCAAGCAGUUUAUGCUGCAGGGCGGUGACUUCACAGCUGGCAAUGGAACCGGCGGUGAGUCUAUCUACGGCGAAAAGUUCGAGGAUGAGAACUUUGUACGCAAGCACACCCGUCCCGGUUUGCUGUCAAUGGCUAAUGCGGGACCGGGUACCAACGGCAGCCAGUUCUUCCUUACCACCGUAGCAACCCCUCACUUGGACGGUAAGCACGUGGUGUUUGGUGAGGUCGUGAAAGGUAUGGGUCUUGUGCACAUGAUUGAGAACCUCGAAACGUCCUCGGAUAAGCCGUUACAGGAUGUGGUGAUUGAGGACUGUGGUGAGAUUGCUGAGGGUGAGGAUAUGGUAGGUAAGCCCGAUGGUUUGGACGUUUAUGGCGAUUGGCCCGAAGACCAACCCGAGCUGACUACAGGUGACCUUGUGGCCGCUGCGGAGGCAAUUAAGUCACAGGGAAACACAUACUUCAAAGAAGGCGAGUAUGCCCAAGCGAUCAGGAAGUACACCAAGAGUCUAAGAUACACCGCAAAGGCCGAUGCCAGCGCGGAGGCGACCAAGGUAUCGACUGCGUGCCUGUUAAACAGAGCUGCAUGCAACCUGAAGACGCCCGGCAAGUCAGCCUCGGUUGUGACUGAUACUACGAAAGUCGUGGAGAGCGAUUGCACCAAUGUCGACAAGGCUAAAGCACUAUAUAGACGCGCACAGGCGUACAACACACUCAAGCUAUCUGAGGAUGCUGUUAAGGAUCUGAGCGAGGCACACGCACUGAUCCCAGAGGAUAAGGGAAUCUCUAACUUGCUGACCAAGACAAAAGCGAAGCUGGCAGCAGCGGAAAAGAAACAGCAGAUGCUAUACGCGAAGAUGUUCUCUUCGUAAAUCAUUUAUAAAAUAUAUUAAGCACCUUGUAUCUGGAUAUCUUUGGUCCUUACUUGUUUGCUGGUGUUUGUAUCAUUGACAUGCUAAUACUAGCUGGUGGCUGCACACAUGUGCAUGUAUGUAUCUGUAUUGGUUAUGAGAAUCACAGGUUUCAGAUAGCGUGGCAUAUCGUACAUGCGCGGCAUAGCAUUUUGCGGAAGCUAUUUAUUGAAAGAUGACAUGAAAACAAGUGUAUCAAUGUUGAUCCAAGUGCAACAGGAGUCUGCAUGGCGUACGGAAUAUUCGUGCAUUCUUCAGCGAGAAAUAAAUGGAGUACACAGUACAAUCGAAGCCCUUUAAUGUCCCGAAGUGGGAUAGGGUUAGAGAUACAUAUAACGACCGCGGGGUUAAGGGUACCAACAUAAAGGAGUGGUAAAAUCCUAUGUCCUCAUGUACAAGCACUGUCAAUCAAAAGUUUGGUUCAUUAAUUUGCUAUGUAGAUGUGCU